AUGAACAUGAUGCGCAAGAAGGCGCAGUACGUGAACAUCACACCCAUUCCGUCUUUUAUACCGCGCCAGCUCGCAAUCGACUUCCUUCACAGCCACGGCGAGAUCCUCGAGUUGAACCCACUCGUUACCGGCCACGAACCCAUCAAAGCACCGCGCGACGCUCCAGCAGACGAAUUCUAUUCAACAUGGUACGAGAUAUCGCAGCGCAUACAAUAUAUACCUGGCAUUGGCAAGAUGGGAAGUGGCGCAAUCAAGUUCCGAGGUGUCUUUCAUGACCUGCCGUUCGGUCUGCAGACACACACUUAUGCGCCUGCAAAUGUCGACUUGCGCAACAAGUGGCAGAUUUGCGGAAACCAGCCUGGUGAACCACCAGAGCCGAAAGAGCUGGGCUCUGGUGCGCCGCCGGAGGGGCUCUACAUACGCGAGGAUGUGGAGAUCAAGUGCAACGUCACCAUGAUUAACUUCGUCAAGAAGGAAAUGAAGGCGGCUGCGAAGGUCAUGGUAGAGCGGUUAGUAAAGAAGGCUGAAUUACUCGAUUCAGGAGCAUUGCAAGCGAUGAUGGAGAACGGUCGGUUGAAGACGGUCAACCCAGCAGAUCGCUCAGCGUUCGGUCAGUCGCCCCAGCCAUCGCCAACGCAGCCCUACCAGAUGCCCAUGUCACCACACAGGCAGAGUCAGCAAUACGCGCAGCCCGAUCAUCAAAACGGCCCGCCCGUGCCGCCGAAGCAGCUCCUAGGCACCAACGACGUAGUGAUGGAACUACCAGGCGACUUCUACCACCCUCAAUCAUCUCCCUCUUACCUACACCCGCACGAUAAUCGUACCUCCACUGUUUCUGAGCCAUCCCAGUACUCACCCCAGCAACAAGAUGUGCGCUGGUCGACUGCGUCGCACAGCACCGUCAGCUCACGCCCAAGCUCCUAUGCGCCGUCAGAAGGUAUGCGGUCGCCAGGCUUAGAGCAAAAGGCAUUUGCGGCCGAGUUGCCGACCAUGGAGGAGACCAAAGAAGAGCAUGACGUGAGACAGAGACGAGAGAGCGACCACAGAGGCCAGCAGAAAUACACGUACAAUCCGCAGGAUUAUGCACGGACACAACAACAGUAUGCAACAGCGCCGCCAUAUCCGGUAUAUGGGCAACACCCACAACGAUAA